AACUUAUCGAUGUAUCACAGUUCCAUCUCUAUCAUUUGUCGGUCAGUUUUUUUUAGUCUCAAAAUUCUAACAAAAUUAUUGGUAAACCAGCGAAUAACUGGCAAUAUGCUCGUCUCGCCAACGAAAUUCGUGCUCCGUAUGUUAACGCGCUAGAAAUCGAGCCCAUGGAGCAGUCGCCUUGCCAAUUAAAUAGCAUUCGCAUUCGCUAUUUCCAUUGAACAGCGAACACCCAGCCCAAAAAAAAGAGAAAGAAAGGGAAAAGAAACGCGUGCGAGAGCGAGAGGGCAAGAGCGACACCAGGGGGAGAAAAGCGAAUUCGAGUGAUUUGAUUUUCGGAAAAGGGUUUUCCUCCUGUCCACCAAGUUAGCCAGUCCUCCUGGGUGUACCGCCUACCCCGCACCCAACCAGUGUUUUUUUUUGCUCCGAACUUAUCCCACAUAUUUUGUGCCCCCCUCCUCCAUUUGGAGCAGGAAAAAUGGAUGCGGACAGGGGCGGCGGGCAGGAGACGAAGGUGAUAUACCACAUCGACGAUGAGACGACGCCGUAUCUGGUGAAGAUCCCCAUUCCAUCGGCCCAGGUGACGCUGCGCGACUUCAAGCUGGUGCUCAACAAGCAGAACAACAACUACAAGUACUUCUUCAAGUCCAUGGAUGCGGAUUUCGGUGUGGUCAAGGAGGAGAUUGCCGAUGAUUCCACCAUACUGCCCUGCUUCAAUGGCCGGGUGGUCUCGUGGCUGGUCUCCGCCGAUGGCACCAAUCAGUCGGACAACUGCUCCGAGCUGCCCACCAGUGAGUGCGAGCUGGGCAUGGGCCUGACCACCAGGAAGAUCCAGCAGCAGCAGCAGCAACAACAACAGCAGCAGCAACAACAGCAGCAGCAGCAACAGCAGGUGCAGCCUGUCCAGCUGGCGCAGCAGCAACAACAGCAGCAGCAGCAGGUGCUGCAUCACCAGAAGAUGAUGGGCAAUCCGCUGCUGCAGCCGCCACCGCUCACAUAUCAGUCGGCCUCCGUGCUAUCCAGCGAUCUGGACUCGACCAGCCUCUUUGGCACCGAGUCCGAACUGACCCUCGACCGCGACAUGACCGACUACAGCAGUGUGCAGCGGCUGCAGGUGCGCAAGAAGCCGCAGCGGCGCAAAAAGCGGGCGCCCAGCAUGUCGCGCACCUCCUCGUACAGCUCCAUAACCGACUCGACCAUGUCGCUGAACAUCAUCACCGUCUCCAUCAACAUGGAGGCCGUUAACUUUCUGGGCAUCUCCAUUGUUGGCCAAUCGAAUCGCGGCGGCGAUGGCGGCAUCUAUGUGGGCAGCAUCAUGAAAGGCGGCGCCGUUGCGCUGGAUGGACGCAUCGAGCCGGGCGACAUGAUCCUGCAGGUGAACGAUGUGAACUUCGAGAACAUGACCAAUGACGAGGCGGUGCGGGUGCUGCGCGAAGUGGUGCAGAAGCCGGGUCCCAUCAAGCUGGUGGUGGCCAAGUGCUGGGAUCCCAAUCCCAAGGGCUACUUCACCAUUCCGCGCACGGAGCCGGUGCGACCAAUUGAUCCCGGCGCCUGGGUGGCGCACACCCAGGCCCUCACAUCGCACGACAGUAUUAUCGCCGACAUUGCGGAGCCGAUUAAGGAGCGACUGGACCAGAACAACCUCGAGGAGAUCGUCAAGGCGAUGACGAAGCCGGACAGCGGUCUGGAGAUCAGGGAUCGCAUGUGGCUAAAGAUCACCAUACCGAAUGCGUUCAUUGGCGCGGAUGCGGUCAACUGGGUGCUGGAGAAUGUGGAGGAUGUGCAGGAUAGGCGGGAGGCGCGACGGAUCGUCUCGGCCAUGCUGCGGAGCAAUUACAUCAAGCAUACGGUCAACAAGCUGACCUUCUCGGAGCAGUGCUACUACGUGGUCAACGAGGAGCGCAAUCCGAAUCUUAUGGGCCGCGGCCAGGGCCACCUGCAUCCGCACCAGCUGCCGCACGGGCAUGGCGGCCAUGCGCUGAGCCAUGCCGACACCGAGAGCAUCACCAGCGACAUCGGGCCGCUGCCGAACCCGCCCAUCUAUAUGCCAUACUCGGCCACGUACAAUCCAAGUCACGGCUAUCAGCCGAUCCAGUACGGCAUCGCCGAGCGACACAUCUCAUCCGGCUCGAGUAGCAGCGAUGUGCUCACCAGCAAGGACAUCUCGGCGUCGCAGAGCGACAUCACCUCGGUGAUCCAUCAGGCCAACCAGCUGACCAUCGCCGCCCACGGCUCCAACAAAUCCUCCGGCUCAUCCAAUCGCGGUGGCGGAGGCGGCGGCGGUGGCAACAAUACCAACGAUCAGGACGUAUCCGUAUUUAAUUACGUAUUGUAGAAACCUUUCUUUUUGCAAUCAAAUUGUGUUUUUAAUUAAUUAAAUUAAAUAUGUACGAUUAUUCUUUUUUAUAUACGAGUAUACAAAGCAAGCAAACAGCAAACAACAAUAUAAUAAUUAUAAUAAUAAUAAUAAUAAUAAUAAUAAUACUUAUGUAUAUGUAUGGUACGUGUAAGUCAUAGAAAAGAACGCUAAACAGCCAGCCACAAAGAGAAGGAUCAGCAGGAUCGGUAGAAACGAGAAACGAGGAACAAGGAACACCACAGGGAUAUCCGUGUCCGGCAUCAAUCGGUUGUGGAGACGAUCAGAUCAGAUCAACUGAGAUAUAUGAUAUGUGAGCAGGAGCGGAUGGAGCAGCAGGAGCGGCAGCACGACGGCGAGGAUGAUUUUGAAUAAAGUUCUAAGAAUUUAGUAAUCACAAAGUAAAUAAAUACAAA